AAUUCUGCAAAGGGAAAGUAAGCAGGUUGCUGUGAGCAUCUUCCUAGGGAGGGGGCGUCGAAAUGUUUACUCCUUCUGGGUUUCUGGAAGAAUAUCAAGCAUACCGCCGCCAUGCCGUAGACAAGCUGCCGGGCCUGUAGAUGAAGCCCGGGGACUUCAGCAGGGAGGACGCCGGGUGGCUGUAGGAUAACCGAGGGAGGAUGUACUGGACUGCUGGCUUCGCCUCUUCUCGGCCGUGUGUGGUUGAGCUCGGGCGGAAUCACAGCCUGCCCAUCGGGCUGUGCGGCUCCGAGCAGCAGCACUCUUUGUAUGGCUAUAUCAUCGCCUUCCCUUUGCAGGACUACGGAGGCAUAAUGUCGGCUCUGGGUUCGGACUCCUGGUGGAAGAAGACCCUGUAUAUCACUGGAGGGGCUCUGCUGGCUGCUGCAGCUUACCUACUGCAUGAACUGCUCGCCAUCAGGAAGGAGCAGGAGCUGGACUCUAAAGACGCCAUCAUCCUCCAUCAGUUCUCCAGGCCAAAGAAUGGCGUGCCCAGCCUCUCACCCUUCUGCCUGAAAAUAGAGACGUACCUGCGCAUGGUGGACCUGCCCUACCAGAACUACUUUGAUGGGAAGCUGUCCCCGCAGGGUAAGAUGCCCUGGAUGGAAUACAACCACGAGCAAGCGUCAGGGUCAGAGUUCAUCGUAGACUUCCUGGAGGAGAAGCUCGGCGUGAACCUCAACCAAAACCUCACCCCGCAGGAGAGAGCUGUGUCCCGGGCUGUCACCAAGAUGGUGGAGGAACACCUCUACUGGACAAUAGCCUACUGUCAGUGGGUGGAUAACCUGGAGGAAACUCAGAAGCUUCUGGCGAUGAGCGGCCCUCUGAGCGACACUCUGAAGUGGCUGCUGACUCACCUGAACGGCAGUAUGGUCCGCAGGGAGAUGUACGGUCACGGCAUUGGACGUUUCUCUAAAGAGGAGGUGUACACACUGAUGGAGAAGGACAUGAGGACGCUGGCCACACUGCUUGGAGAUAAGAAGUACUUUAUGGGCUCCAAGAUGUCGACAUUAGAUGCUACAGUGUUUGGACAUCUUGCCCAGGCUAUGUGGACUCUGCCCGGGACACGGCCAGAACAACUUAUUAAAGGAGAGCUCAUCAACCUGGCCAUGUUCUGCGAGCGGAUGCGGAGGAGGUUCUGGCCCGAGUGGUUUGUGGAGGUGGAUGAUCUUUAUUAUGACGGCGACAGUGAGAGCAGUGUUGGCGGCGGCUCUCCUACAGGCAUGCUGGACCUCGGCCUCUUCUCAAGGACUGACACUCUGGACGACAGUGACGCAAGCAGCCACUCAGCCGUACACACGCACACACACUCCCCGGACUCGGACCACUCUCUCUUUGACUCGGACGUGGGGACGGGAUCUGACAAUGACAUUCAGCUUAAGGAGGAGUUGAUGCCUGACCUGGAGGUUUGACCCGAGAAAGGCCGUGAUUGGCUGACUGAUUGAGACUGACAGGAGGCGGGGAAAGUCUCGCAGCCUAAGGAUGUUGCCAGAUCACAGCAACUACAGCUGGAGAAAGUAUUCCAGCUCCUCCACCUGCAACAAUAUCUAAAAGGAUAUACCUUUAUGCAGCGCAUACAAACUGAACCUCAUAAUAAACAUGCUACCGUAUGUUUGUCCUCUCCUGUUAUGUCAGAACUGUCCAUGUGGCAGUUACUCUUUGCCUUAUCUGUCUCGUCCCCAGAUUCAGACACUGGCGUGAAAAGGUUAACUUCUAGGUAACUUCUCAUCUCAUGAAAAGUGUGGAGACUACAGAGGAGUGUUGUAGAAAAAAACAGGUGGCACUUCACUUGCUAUGAAACGAUGCAACUAAUCACCACUCUGCCAUGUGUCUUAACGCACAAACCCAUUUGAACAGGUGGAGAUUGAUCAUGUGGCUAAAAAGAACAGCUGCCGUGUCUCAGCUGUUAACCAUCCAUGUGCUGCAGAGGAAACACAGGAUGACAUUGAGUGCCAGUCCAUGCUCAAGAUCGAUCCUCAUGUCAUUUCCUUUAUAGUUUUUUUUUUCUCUGUGGGAGGAAUCUCUAUGAAAACAUGAUGUAUGUCUCUGUCAGACUACAACUCUUCUUGUUGUUUAAUGGAAAGGAAGAAGAAGAGGAGCAGAUUUGUGCCUGUGUCAUUCAUCAGUUAUCAUUCUUAUUCAUCUCCAUUAAGUAGUAAUUUGAUUUAUGGAGCUUUCAUUUCAGCAUCUCUUUGGUACGAGUAGAGAACUGUAGUUUGGAUAUUUGACCACUAGAUGGAAGCAGCGGUCAGCCUGGAGCGUCCUUUGUUCUGCAUCAUCAAGGUCAUUCAUCCUUGAGCUGCUGUCUAUUAAACACAGGAGAUUUGGUCUUUUAAUUAUGAACCUUGAUGGUUCCGAUUCAUAAAUAAUAUGUCAGGUUGUGUGUAGACAAGUGAUGAAUGCAAGCUUUUGCAUACCUGCAGACAGACAUAUCAGCCUUAGUUCUUUCACACUGAAGACAUGGUCAAAGUCUGCAACAUUUAUUUCAGUGAUCUAACUUAUUACCAGUGCCACUGUAUUAUUCUUUACAGGAUCGUAUGUGUCAAAUAGAUAUAUUUGUUAUUUUUUAUGUUCUUAGUACUCUCAAAGAGAGACAUUAUUUUGCACUAGUGGAAAUGUAUUUUCACUUUAUUUUAACGGGAGCAGUCUGCUACAGAGGUAGAGAAGAGAAACGGCCAAAUGAAUGGGAAACAUAAAUGUGUUCAUCAGUAGAAGAGGACACUGAGUGUUCUGAUAAUGAUUGUGUUUGAAGGGGACUGUGCUGCUCAUACUGGAUCUGUGUAUUAGAGUUACUGAGUGUGAAUGUCAUACAUGAAGAAUCCGAAUACCAAAUCAACAUUUGAGAAGUUUGUGGAUGAAAUGGACCAAAAUGUCUCGGGGAAAGUGUUUGCCUAUGUCUGUCACGGUUAGCUAGGUGGAACUGUUAUGCAAUAAGAUUGCUGUAAACCAGGUGCAUAUAGAGUAGAUGUCCAGGUAUAAGGGUCAGUUCAUCAACACACAAAUCAAAAAGUUUAAAAUGAUCACUUACAUCAUGUGCUGUUGAGAUAUGAAGAUUUGAGGCCACCGUCCAAAUACAUAAGGGGGAUCAUUUUUAUUUUUUUUUCACUCACAGUGAAGAAAAUGUGUGAAAAAAUCAGUUAAGCUGACACAUUAUUCCAUUUCCUGUUUCUUUGGAAAUCACAACAGUGCUUUUAACAGCUUCUAUUAAGCGCUGUUUCUUCGGAAGUAAUGAGUUCCCAUGAAAAUUGUAAAAUCAGUCUUUCAACAAGGCCAGUUCAGACAAUGACCGAGGUUUAAAUCUUAAAAGCGCAGUAUAAUCUGACACUCUUGUUGAUUACGAUCUGUUUCACUAAAAUGACAAGCAGUGAUGUUUUCAAAUCUGUUAGUUCAGUUGUGCUACAUUAAGACCGUUUAUUAACUAUUUUAAAAGAUAGCCUUACAUUUUUCUCAAAUUAUUUUCAUGAAUGUUGUUUAAUUUAAUAUCUUUUGCUUAUUCAUCUUUGGUGUUAAUCCAUUUUAAUUUCUCAAGCUUUGGUUUUAAUAAGGAAUGAAAAUCAACAUCUCUGUUUUGAUUUGGAUCAUAUAUAUUUAUUUAUUUUGACGAGUAGAACCUUCUGCUGAUCAUCUUUGCAGAUUUUCUCAGAGUGAGUGUCUUCUUUGAAAUGCUGGUCUCAAACCUUUUCUGUUGAGGUUCACAGAGUUUCAAUACACCGUGAUUCUUACAUCUUGCAGGCAGAUUUUAUAAAGUUAUAAAAACACUCCUCAACACCACAAAAUAAAACCACAAUGUUAGCAAGAAACUUGUGAUCAAACUGAGCAUUUAGUACUUCUCUCAGGAGUUGGUGUGGAAAAAAGGCAGAAGAAAUAUUAGACAGAACACUAAAUUAAUAUUAGUGUUUCUUGUUGCCUGCUAGAUGUGUAAAUAACAGCAAGAUUUCCAUAUUAACUUCCAGUCAAUGUCAAAGUUUUCAUCUGAUUUUCUGCAGCACCCCAAGAUGUAAAAAACAGUUGAUAUAGCUUUGAGUAACAUUUUAAGUCUGUGAGCUUCACACACCCUAAUUGUUUUGGAGGGGAGCAGCAGAUAUUUUAGAGACUGAUGAGGGAAACCGGAGCAUCUGUAUGACUUCUCUGUAAUUGUAAUUGAGAAGAUUAGUUUUGGUGACUUUAUGGUGGAAAUGAAAGUCUGGACAGAGCGAUGAGUUAAUGAUGGAAGGUCGUCGUUUGAUCCAGAUAUUUGGGACUUUAGAGACCACCUUCCUCCAUCAUGUCGUCCUGUGGUUCACUCUGACCAACCUUGGCCUGGGUUGUGUUUCAUUAUCCAGGCUAGACAUCAUAUACAGUUGGACUGCUUUAAUCAAGCCAUAUUAAAACUAAAUGUCUUGUUACUGGAACCAUUUCUUAGCAUUACUUCUUGGGUAAUGUAAAUAUUGUAUGUGUGACUGUACUGUAUGUAGAACUGACUGACUGAGCAAACUACCUAUGUGCAGUCAUAAACUGGAGCGACUGGUUGAUUUCAAUAAAAAAAACAUAGCUGUGACAAUUUUAA